CUGUGUAAAUCCUAAACAGGUCAUCAUCGUUACGUGGAGUCUGAGAACCUUUCCUCCCCUGCUUACGAUUCAUCCUGCAGCCUCCAGCAGCUUGAAACUACCCUCCCCCGCCCGCCGGUCCCUCCUUUGGCCCAAUCAGGUCCUGCACCCAGCCCCGCACGUGAGACCCUCCCCUCCCUGCCCUUGCAAUCCCCUUCCCCCUUCAGUCCUUUGCUUCCGCUUCCUUCCAAACCAGCCACCACCCAUCCAGUCCUUGGCGUUUUCCCUGUUACCUCUUCCAGCGUCCCUUCCCCAGCCUUAUCUCAGCGCUUAGGCUCUUUGCCCGCGCUAGGACCUGCCUAGCCCAGAAACACGAUGUAACUUCUGCUCAAAAAGCUUCAGAAUCGUGGAGCGCUCCCUGCAAAAGGUGCCCCUGGUACCACGACAGAGUCCGGAUGAAGCAGGACGGGGGAUGGCGUGGGAUGGGGUAGGCGGGGUUCGGACUGAGCGCAGCUAGAGCAUGCAAAAGUGCAGGCGGCACAAUCAAGGGACAGUGACUAGGGGCGGAGCUGGGGCGGCUCCGGCGCUGGGAGGUGCGGGCUACAGACCCCACCCGUGCAGGCGCAGGCGCAGGCGCAGGGAAAGUGAGCCACUGGUUCCCACGGCAACUGAUUAACAAGUCCUACAGCGGUGAGCCGACAGGCCUACAAACCCGCGCCUGUCCGCAGCCAUGAGUACCGCCGAGGUGGACCCGCAAGUAGCCCAGAGAUACCUGCUCAAGCGGCUGCUCGGAAAGGGGGUGCUUACAAGAACGCAUCCACAAAGCUGCGCCGCUCCAGCCACGGGAGUGGGGCGCAGGCGGAUCCCAGCCCAGCCCAGGAAGCUCUGGCGGGCCUAUGGCAUUGUGUGGAAGGCAGUGGAUCGGAGGACUGGCGAGGUCGUGGCCAUCAAGAAAAUCUUUGAUGCCUUUAGGGAUAAGACAGAUGCCCAGAGAACCUUCCGGGAAGUCACGCUGCUCCAGGAGUUUGGAGACCAUCCCAACAUCAUCCGCCUCCUCGAUGUGAUUCGGGCAGAGAACGAUAGGGACAUAUACCUGGUAUUGGAGUCUAUGGACACUGACCUGAAUGCUGUCAUCCAGAAGGGCAACCUGUUGGAAGACAUCCACAAGCGCUAUAUCUUCUACCAGCUCCUGCAGGCCACCAAGUUCCUCCACUCGGGGAAUGUUAUCCAUCGGGACCAGAAGCCGUCCAAUGUUCUUCUGGAUGCCAACUGCUCAGUGAAGCUCUGUGACUUUGGUCUGGCCCGCUCCCUGAGCAGCCUCCCAGAGGGGCCCAAGGGCCAGGUGCUAACAGAGUAUGUGGCCACACGCUGGUACCGGGCUCCAGAAGUGCUCCUGUCUUCACGCUGGUAUACCCCCGGAGUGGACAUGUGGAGUCUUGGCUGCAUCUUGGGAGAGAUGCUGCGAGGGCAGCCACUGUUCCCAGGCUCAUCAUCGCUGCACCAGCUACAGCUGAUCCUGGAGACCAUCCCGUCUCCAUCUGCUGAAGACCUCCUGGCUCUUGGCUCAGGCUACAGUGACUUGAUUCUGCACCACCUGGGGUCUAGGCCACGACAGACACUGGAUACCCUACUGCCACCGGGUACUCCCACAGAGGCUGUGGAUCUCCUCAGGCGACUCCUGGUGUUUGCUCCCAACAAGCGGCUUAGCGCAGCCCAGGCACUGAAGCAUCCCUAUGUGCAGAGGUUCCACAGCCCUGACCAAGAAUGGACACGGGGUUCAGAUAUGCAGCUCCCAGGGCUGGAAGGAGACCAGCUAUCUGCCUCGGAAUACCGAAGCUGCCUCUACAAGAUAAUCUUGGAGAGGAAGAGCAGCAACCAUGGCCCAAGAAAGGAAGGCCUGGGGGGCAUCAUCUCAGGCACAGAGUCCCGGGGCCACCUGCUCAAGCCCAAAGUCAGACCCCAGCUCCCUAUUGGGGGACCUUCCCAGAACCCAGGACCCAGGCCACAGAAUCUCCUGGGUCAGGACCCAGCACAUGGUGUGCCUGUCCUAGAAGCCCCCAGCAGAGAUUGGAACAUCCCAAGGCAGGGCUCAGCCUCCUCGCUCCAACCUCAGGCCCCAAGCAGGACGGACAGGGUCAUGGGGUUGGCCACGGAGCCUCCCAGGGAACCCUCUGGGGUGAAGUCAAGUGUGAGAAGCAAGGAGCCCUCUCUGACUAUGCAGGCUGCCACCCAGGUGGCCAACCAGGCCCUGAUUCGAGGCAACCUGGCCCAGGCCGUGCUCCAGGUCCCUCCCAGGGUUCCCCAGGAAGCCCCAGAACCCCAACCUGGCCGGAGGAUGUUCAGCACCUCAGCUUCCUGGGGUGCCCAGGGUAAUGCCCGGGCUGCGCUUGGGGGCUACUCCCAGGCCUAUGGGACUGUGUACCACUCAGCACUGGGCCGCCUGCCCCUGCUCCCUGGACCCCACGGGUGAGCUGCCUGCCAUCUCACACUUUCUGUUUUGACCUCCUCAGAAGAGCACAAGAAGCUCCCAUCCUGGCCCCAGUGACUUGUAAAAUAAAAUCUUUGUCCCAGCCCAACUAUCUGCUUUCACCUACUCCCUUUUGAAGGAUUCCUUUCUGCAGGGCUUCCUUCCUAAACCAUGGUAUCCCCUAGCCUGAGGGCCCUUGUCCCUUUCCCAGAGCCUACAUUUUCUGAGAACCUGCCACCCCCAUCCUGCAGGUCCUCUGCCACGUCUAGGACCAUAGCACAGCACAAAGCUGCAGGGGUCUGAUCUGCUAUCACCCAUGCUUUUUCCUAGGACUAGCCUCCUGGCACUUCGGGCUACCUUCCUAUCCUUUGUCCAGAAAUGCCUUAGCGCCUGCCUUGUUUCUGAGCACCAUCAGAUAUCCCAGGCGGGGGCUGCUGCAGGGUCCAGGGUCCAGCUGUUCUGGAUAGUCCUGUGGCACAGCAACUUGUGAACAGACAGACACAUUACCUGCCUACGUGCAAGUCACCAUGUGACUAUGAACCAGAGAGGGAAAGGGGAGUGAGAAGGGGAAGGCCCCCCAAAGCAACACUUGCUCCUCCCCCAUUGUCACUGCGCCCACAACACCGUGACUGGCUCCUGGUUUGUCCAGGUAUUGGUGGUAGGAGGGUGAGGGACACUCUGGAGAUGUCUUGAGACUGAAGGCUGUUUUCUCUGCUUACUGUCAGGUCCGUGGCCUGCUGUGAGCUCAGGCCAGGGGUGUGGGGGAACAGAGACCCAGGGGUACCAUGGGUGCUCUGUACUAUACCUAACCCUCAGCUGUGGCAGAAUAUAGGGGUGUCACUACCCCACUGCCAGGAACUCACAGUCAAAAGCCCCUGUUCACCUUGGGGUGUGACAGAAAGGCUGAGGUGUAGAGGGAGGCUGGGAGGUUGCUCUGCAGAUGCUGGCCAGAAAGAGGUGGAUGGGGCUGGUUUUAACAGGGGCCACAGAGGCAGCUGGGCUGCUCACUAGGAGGGGGCUGCUGAGGAGUCAGUUUGUUUCCAGAGCCUGACGCACAGCCCCAAGGCAGUGAGCAAGCAGGACAGAUGCGGGUGUGGGAGUUAAUGACGUAGUUGGGUGGGUCUUUGAGGCCAGAAAUUGGCACUAGGGCGGGAAGGACGCAGGAGCUGCAAGGCGAGGCUGAGACUACUGGGUUCAGUGGCCAGGGGACCCUGGGUGAAUGCCCUCAGAGCACCCCCACAGAGAGGCUCAGAAGUGAAGCAGGGAGGGCCUAGAAGAGGGAAGUCUGCGUGAGUUUGGAUGCAUCUGGAGGGAUGUGGAGGCAGGGUCUUGAGUGCGCUAAGAUUCAUGGCUGUUGCAAAAGGGAAAUCAGGUUCAACCCAAAGUUCAAGAUUGCAAUAUAUAAUUGGGUGAAAAUAUAUGUGUGGGAAUAUUUUGUGCAGUGUUUAUUUUCAAUGUCAGAAUUUUCAGUGUCAUUUUUAGGUAUCUUAUUCAGCAGGACAUGAACAGUACAGUCAGGAGGCCUGCCUGAG